AUGGUGUUGGCAGUCUUGGUAGACGUAGGUAACCCAGACCGAGUACCUUAUGAUGUACCCUACAACGAGGAUAUACUGGUACGCUACAUCGCGUAUAAAGGUGGCCUAAUUCUAAACCUAAAAAAGUUGUUCAACGCUCCGACGAGUAACGAUUAUUGCAAAGGGCACAUCGAGACUCAAGCUGCGCACGUAGUACACCAAGACUACGCGACGCGCAUUGUGGACAGUAAAGCAUAG